GCCUUUUCACCGGGGUUUGUUUACAUUGCUGCGCAGCGCCGGCAUGCUUCGGCUGGCUCCGUGUUUUUGCAUAAAAAAUUAAUAAAACUCGCGUUUUUUGGGAUAAAAGUGGUACAGUUUAAGUGCUACAGAUUUGCUUUAAGUGUUUAAGUAGCAAAAUAGUGGAAUUUCAUUUCUCAACGUUCCUAUACCACAUCAACAAUGAACCACCAAAGACCGCCGAACUAUUCAGCACCGCCACCACCACCGCAGCAGCGACAGAACCAUUAUCAGCCCCGGGGCGGCCACACUGGUAUUCCUCCGCCCGGGGAAAUCGCAAGUGGCCACAGUAACGCUGGAUUCACCAUGCCAAACUUUAACUUUCCACCGCCGAGUCUUCCGCCCGCCAUGACGCGACCACCUCCACCAGCACCGUACUACGCCCGGGAACGGCCGGAGAGGAGCCACUCCCCAAACACUGGCUCGUAUCAUUCCUCCUCACAGCAACAUGCUUACAAGCGCCAUCCACCACCGUACAAAGGCACGGGCGGGUCACAGUACCCCCCGCAAGGCAGACGCUACGGAUCACCGAGCAAUAAUCCCGUUCAAUCGAACACUUCCAGUGGCACUGGGUACAAACAUCCCGGUCAUUCGUAUUCUUCGGCAGGACACAAAACUGCCUCGUACACGCGCCCUUCCGCACCAUCCCGAUACGCACCGUCAGGAAGAUCACACUCUGUACCCAGCAACACGGACCGGUUGGGCCGACCGCCUCGAACGGAUCGUUCCGCUUCCUGCCGGCGUGAUUCGGACAGUAAUUCUUCAUCGUCGGAGCGUGCCAGUUCGAGACAUUCUCGUUUUAAAGUGGACACGGAGAGGGCUGAAAUCCUAUCAAAAUGGUGCCGCAACUACUGCGAAACGUCUGAGGAUAUCGCGCGCAAGCUGGCCGAAAUGGCCAACGAUGAGGAUCGCACACUUUGGGUACGUUCCUCCCCGGCCGAGCUGUACUACAAGCGCGUCUCGGACAAGGUGGUCGAAUCGACGGCCCGACUCGACGCCCUUUGCACGCUGUUCGAGGAGGAGUUGAUCAAGCGGGCGGAACGCAUCCGUGCCACUCAAACGCCGUACAAUCCGCCACCACGCAAGCGCAAGAUGAAGAUGUGCCGCCACAAGCACGACAAGUGUUCGUCCUCCUCCGAGUCGUCAGACGAGGAGAUGGAGUUUGAGGAUGAGUGCAGCAUGGAGGAGCUGACGGCUAAGAUUAAGCAUCCGCUGCGACUGCACGUGGAUCUGUGGUACAAUGAUCCGGGCGAGAUGAACGACGGACCGUUGUGUCGGUGUUCGGCACGAUCGCGGCGGACGGGCAUCCGGCAUGGGAAGUAUCCGGGUGAAGAGGGUUUCCCCAAGUGCAUUCCCAAUUCCAACAAUGCCGACAAGCUGUAUCAUUACCGCAUUACGAUCUCUCCCCCAACGAACUUUCUCACGAAAACGCCCACCAUCAUCAAGCACGAUCAGCACGAGUUCCUGUUCGAGGGCUUCUCGCUGCUGGCGCACGAACCGAUCGGCGAGCUGCCCACCUGCAAGGUCAUCCGGUUCAACAUCGAGUACACGAUCCUGUACAUCGAGGAGCAAAUGCCGGAAAACUUUACCAUCCGCGAGCUGAACCUGUUCGAUCGAUACCUGUUCCGGGAGCUGCUUGAGCUCGUUGACUUCACGGUGCAACCGUCUGGGUCGGGUGAGGACAGCUCCUGCCCGUGCUAUCACUUUCUACCCCGGUUUGUGCGCGAUCUGCCCGACAAUGGGAAGGAGGUGCUGGCGAUGAGUGAAGUGUUGCGCUAUCUGCUGGACAAUUCGGGGCCACUGGUACCGCCCGACAUGCUGAAAGAGAUGAUGGACAUGAGCCAGAACGAGUGGCAGGACUAUGUGGACUAUGUGAAGGGCAUGGUGGUGUCGAAUCCGGGCAUGAAGCCGUGCUCGGUGCGGGUCGAUCAGUUGGAUCGCAAUGUGGGCGAUGUGCCGGAAGCGAACGCAAUCGACGAGAACGGGUUAGUUCAUCCGGUGAUUGUGCACUUUGGUAUCCGGCCACCGCAGCUCAGCUACGCCGGCAAUCCCGAGUAUCAGAAGGCAUGGCGUGAGUACAUCAAGUUUCGCCAUUUGAUUGCAAACAUGUCGAAGCCCUCGUUCGAGGACAAGCGGAAGCUGGAGGCGAAAGAGAACCGCUUGCUGGAGAUGCGCAUGCAGGGACGGAUGAAGCGCAACAUAACGAUCGCGGUCAGUGCGAAAGCGUUCCAUCGGACGGGCAUUAUGUGCGAUAUGGUGCAGCACGCCAUGCUGAUACCGGUGCUGACCGGGCAUUUGCGGUUCCACCGGUCGCUGAAUGUGCUCGAGCGGUACAUUGGCUACACGUUCACGAACCGUUACACGCUGCAGCUUGCGCUGACGCACCCGUCGUACAAGGAGAACUUUGGCACGAAUCCGGACCACGCACGGAACAGCCUAACGAACUGUGGCAUCCGACAGCCGGAGUACGGUGAUCGUAAGAUACACUACAUGAACACGCGCAAGCGGGGCAUCAAUACGCUCAUCAGCAUUAUGUCGCGGUUCGGGAAGGAGCACGAAACGGACAGCAACAUUACGCACAACGAGCGGUUGGAGUUUCUGGGCGAUGCGGUGGUAGAGUUCAUUACCUCGAUUCAUCUGUUUCACAUGUUUCCGGAUCUGGAGGAGGGUGGGCUGGCCACGUACAGGGCGGCAAUUGUGCAGAAUCAACAUCUGGCCGUGCUGGCGAAGAAGCUACAUCUGGAGGAGUUUAUGCUUUACGCGCACGGGUCGGAUUUGUGUCACGAGCUGGAACUGAGGCACGCACUGGCCAACUGUUUUGAGGCGUUAAUGGGAGCUCUGCUGCUCGAUGGAGGUAUCGAGGUGGCAGAUCGUGUCUUUGCGUACGCACUCUUCCAGGAGGAUGACACGUUGCGCGGGAUAUGGGUGAACUAUCCUUCUCAUCCGCUGCAGGAACAGGAACCGCUGGGAGAUCGACAUCAUAUCGAUUCGUUCGAGAUGCUUAAAACCCUCACCCGCUUUGAAGAUUCCAUCGGUGUACAGUUCAAUCACAUUCGUCUGCUGGCACGUGCUUUUACCGAUCGUUCCAUUGGGUUCACCAAUCUAACGCUCGGGUCCAAUCAGCGCCUCGAGUUCCUGGGCGACACUGUACUGCAGUUGAUCUGCAGCGAGUAUCUCUACCGGCACUUCCCUGAGCAUCACGAGGGACAUUUGUCGCUGUUGCGCAGCUCGCUGGUAAACAAUCGUACGCAGGCCGUCGUUUGUGACGAUCUCGGCAUGACGCAGUACGCCGUCUACUCCAACCCGAAGGCCGACCUGAAGACGAAAGACCGUGCCGAUCUGCUGGAAGCGUUCCUGGGCGCACUGUACGUCGACAAAGGGCUCGAAUACUGCGAAAUGUUCUGUCACGUGUGUCUGUUCCCGAGACUGCAGGACUUUAUCAUGAACCAGGACUGGAAUGACCCGAAGUCGAAGCUGCAACAGUGCUGCCUAACCCUGCGCACAAUGGAUGGCGGUGAACCGGACAUUCCCGUGUACAAGGUGAUCGAAUGUACCGGGCCCACGAAUACGCGCGUUUACUCGGUGGCGGUGUACUUCCGCGGGAAGCGUUUGGCGUGUGCCGAUGGGCACAGUAUACAGCAGGCGGAGAUGAACGCGGCGAAGCAGGCGCUGGAAAACUCGAAGGAUUUGUUCCCCCAGCUCGACCAUCAGCGCAGAGUGAUUGCGCAGAGUUUGAAGCGUCAGAAGGUGCCACGCUCUGCUGGGGGACUCGGUGGUCGUGGUGGACCAGUAGGUGGGGGUGGUGGUGUAGGUGAUGGUGGUGGUUCCGCCGCUGUAGGUGGAUCUUCCGGAGCGAACGGUGAGCAGGAACCGGGUGGAGAGGAUGAGCUGGAGGAAGACGAGGGCACCGGUGAGCAGCAGGCGGAAGGAGCGGCAGCAAGACGAACACGGGAGCAAAAGAAUGCGUCCGUCUUUUUGCCCGAAUCGGCCCGGCUGCCGAAACAGUACCAAAUAAACCGUCGUUCACGGUCGUCGGAUAGCAGUAGUAGUAGCAGCAGCAGUAGCAGCGACAGUAGAAGAAGGUCUCCCAGCAAAGAACCUCCCGUGGCCGCCAACACGGUCGAGGGAAGUGACAUUAGCUCCGAUUCCGAUGUAUCGAUGACUUCAAUCAAUGGGGAAGAAGAUGAACGUGAGAUUCGUGCCACCGAAGAAAGACCUUUGAAACGAACCCACAGCGAGAUGGAACGAGAGGAACAGCCCAGAGCGGCAGCAGCGGACACACCGCUGCCGGAGGUGAUAAAAAUGGAACCGCUCGACAUCAAGGAUGAACCGUUGGAUGCGUGCGAUUACAGCUCCGUGUCGGAGGAGGAAGACUUCGGGCUGGACGACAUUUCCGAGGGCGAGGAACAGUUUACCGCCGAUAUGACCGAUGAUAUUAGCGAGGAAAGGGAUGAGGACGUUAAACCGAACGUGGAAGAGUUAGAGGCUGCUGUUCUGAAAGAGAUUAAUGACGAGGGAAAUUGCACUAACGAUGCACAGGACGGUGGUGGUGGUAGUGGCACAUGUGGUGCCUAUGUAAGCAUACUGCAGGCGUAUCAAUUGAAGGUAGAGGGCACGGAUGAGUUGUCGUCCGAUUUGGAGGCGGGCGAGAUUGAUUGAAAUUAUUAUUUUUGUGCGUAAUAGGAAAUAUCCGCAAAUAGCUUCUAAUUAUUAUAAGUAUUGAGAGCAACUAAAGGAAUUAUCGAAUUGCUGUA